AUGAGAGUGGUAGCCAUGGUGAUAUUGUUGCUUCUUUUUGUUCGUAGCUAUUCCCGCUCUAUGCUUGGUGUCAACAGAGGGCAAGUUUGGUUCCAAGACGUUGGCUCGUUUGGCGUUUUGCUUCGACUCAACUACACCACACCAUGGUUUUCGGUUUCCAGUAACCAGCAACAACGGGUCUUUCUGUAUAUGCUAAAGGAUUCUUUGGUCAGGCAAUGCAACUUGGGGCAUCAUCAUCUCUUUGGGUUCGACUCCCAGCCUGUGUCAAGUGGUCGAUGA